GUUGGAUAAAAAUCCCCGUUUCGUUUAUGAGGGCCCGGAUGCAAAACAAUAUCGGAACGGAGGUAGUGCUUCCUACUUGUUAUAAUUUUAUUUACAGAGGAGUAAAAUAAGGCUUGAUCUGUUCGAAGUCUCAAAAUUAGCAGGUAAAUUGAUUCGAGGAUAGUACUUUUCAAUCAAUCAAUCAAUCAAAAAACUACAGUACUAUCUAUCAAGGAUACAGCACACUCAGACACACAGUCAUUGCAACCCCUCAUCGUUCCAGGUAAGUAUUUUGUGAUGAAGGACGCCGUUGCUGCAAUGCUAAAGCAUAACAGUGCUGUAGCAGAGAAAUGGAUAAAAGACAACGACUUUGGAAACCACCAGGAGGUCCUCGACGCCAGAGACAUA